AUGUCCGCAACAGCAGAGCUUGAAAAAUACAUAGAGCAGUUCAAAACUGGCUACAAAAAAUACGUUCCAAGCGAAGACACUUCUUCAAUGGCGUCUUCAAUCGACACUGAUGAGUUGCUGACCCCCCUCCCAAGUGAACAAAACCAUUGGAAAAAUCCCUAUUUUUUGGGUAUGAACCCACCUUUUGUGAACGAACAACAAUUAUUUUAAUAUAAUUUUUUUUUUUGACAUAUAAGAGAUAAUUAUUUAGAAAUCUCCAGCUUGCAUUUUAAAGCAUAAAUUAAAUUAAUUUUUACGAAUUAGAAUAUUUUUAAAUUUUGAAAAAAAAAAUUACCAUAAAAUUAUAUAUAUAAAUUGUUAAAAAAAAUAAAUUAACCCUUUCUUAUUCAUGGAGGGCGGAGUAAGUGAGACAAGCUCAGACUCAUCAUCAAUUGAUGCAUAUAGUUUCAAGGCAAAAAAGACUGAUAAAAUUAAAACGCUAUCAAGUCUUAAGAAAAAGAAGAAAAAAUCUGUCAAAGUCAUUAACAAGCCCUCAUACUUGAAGCCUCUUCAUACAACCCCGCUAAAAAUAAUAAACGAAGAGGAAGAAGACCCAGAAAACAGAAGAAUUAACUAUAAUUUAUCUGAGUUUAUGCCAAGACAACUUCCUUUUGACAUCAGCAAAUAUUUGCCUCAAUCUGAAAGCCAGCGACAAGCAAAAAUCAAAGAAAUCAUUGCGUCGCUAGAUACAGAGAGCGAAACGACAUCUAUUUGCAGCUCUAUUGACACUGAAGCUCUUCUAAACAGUUCAGACGAAGAAGAAGAGGAAAUCCCUUCCAAAAAAUUUAGCCUAGCAAAAACCGCAGGUACUUCUACUCACUUAAAGUCUUAUUCAAUCAAUUCAUAUCCUUCAGUUUUAAAUUCAAAACCAGAAAUGUCCUCAAUUCUGAAUCCGAGAAUGUACUCGUCUAGCAUAGACAUAAAACAAUCAGGAAAUUUGCCACCUAAAAGCAGCUAUAAGUUAGGCUAUGAUACUUUGCCACUAUCUCAGAGCGACCCAGCGUUCAAAAAUCAGAUGAGUUAUGAUGGGAAAACGAUGAGAAGGAGCGAGCUUAAUAUUCAAAAAGCUAAUGAAUGCUCAGUUAUUCCUAGAAGGCUAGAUAUCUCAACAAACUCUCUGAGUAUAUCUCCAAUUUCCAGCCAAAACUUAAAAUCAAAUGCAGCAAAGUCUGCAUUAGCCAAAAGCGAAAUCAAGCCUUCAGCAUUUUUAAAUAGCAUAACCGAAAGCACUCAAAGCUUGUCAUACUCUAACUCCUUCAGUAAGUUAACUUUAUGCACCUGCAUACUCAAAGGAAGCCUCUACUCUCAUUUUAGCAAUUGUCAACGAGUACAAGUAAAAGCUGUUAUUCCAGACAAUAUCCAGUUUUCUACUACAAAAAUUAAAAAAUUUGGCAUGGUAGAGUCAAUAGUGCUAAUUCAAAGAGAAAUAAGAAACUUUUUGUCUAAAAGAAAAUUGAAAAAAACGCAGGCAAAGCAGCCCCUUUAUAAAUCUUCGCCUUCUAUGCCACCACGAUCAAUCCAAACUCCUCCUCUUUCUGCUUCAGUAAUUCCAACUAGAUCACUCCAAGCUUCACAAGCCUUUUCUGCGUCCUCAAUCCCUCAGCCUCGAUCAGCCCAGCCAUCUUCAUCAUCAAUCCCUUCGCGGUCUGCCCAGACUCCUCCUCUUCUUACAUCCUCUAUGCUAUCAAGGACAUCCCAAGCUGCUCCUAUUUCUACCCCUCCGAUUUCCACUCCUCCAUUAAAUUCGGUAAACGAAAUAGAAAAAGCAACACAAAGUUUAUAUCAAGCAAUCGAAGAAUUAAAAUCGUUAAAGCAAAAAGGAACAAGCUCCCCAGGAAGCUCUUCUAUUAAUAGCUCGUUUUCACUAACUGAGUACAAUCUAAAAAACCUUCCUAAUUUCGGCAGCAAAGCUUCUUCAGUGAAGAGAUAUGUAGAGACUCCCAAAUCCCCUUCAAUUUCUUCUAGUCACAAAGAAAAAGAAAAUAACGCACUAGAUACUCCAAUAUCAAUAAGGGACGAAAUCCCUGAUGACAAAGUUUCCUCACAUAGCUCUAGCAUCCCUGAUGACAUAAGUGAUGUCAAUACUGAAGAGCUGUUAAAUAGCACGUUUUCAAGCAUUUCCAGUGCCCUUUAA